GAGGGAUGCGGGCCCGAGCGGCGCCCCCUGCCUCCCAGCGUCUCUGAGGAAGUUCGCCGGCGCGGCGGAUGCCGCAGCCCAGGCCCCGCGGCCCCCCGCCCCCGCGUCCUGUCCCGGCGCCUUCCGCGCACGGACCCCCGCCCGUCUCUGAGCUCCCUGCCCGGGGACCUGUGUGUCCUCCGGCCGCGGCUCCUGGCCCGACCGUGCGUGAUGGGGAGGCGGCGGCGGAACUUGCAGUUUGAGGAGCCGGCGGGCCUCGGAGACGCCCCGGCCUGGGGUACUUGGACUGAGACUAGGACGGGGUGCGGGGCGGGACGGCGGCUCCUCAGUGUGGCUGCGGCGCGGGGCGGCCGGAGGGGGGGUUCUGAACGGUGUCAGCCCGUGACUGUGGGUGACACGGCGCGUGAGGCGGCCCAGCCAGGGCGAACGUGUGGCCCGGACACUGGGCGGUGACGUUGGGCCGAGGGGGAGACACCGAGGGGCUCUGUGUGUCUGUGACAGGCAGAGUGUGUGCGUGUGACUGUGAGAGAGACACCCCGGUCACUACGGGUGACCGUGACCCCAGCCCACUGUGAGUGCGACCCCGGGUUACUGGGGUCACUGAGUGUGUGUGUGGCCUGGGGUGUGACCAGGACACCAGGGCCCUCAUGAACGUGAGUGAACAUGGUAUAGAGGGGGAGGAACCCCAAGUGACUAUGAGAACCAGCCCCUGAAGCACUGGGGUCAUAGUGUGCUGUGGGGUGAAGUAGUGCAGUGUGUGUGUGUGUGUGUGUGUCCGCGUCCGCCCGUGUCCGCCCGUGUCCGCGUCUGCACCUCAGGGACAUGAGUAAAAGGCGGAAGAGGAGGGACCUCAAACACCUACUAGCAGAUGGGGGCUGGAGGGAGAGGGGCCAGGGAGGGGACAAGGGUCUCUCCAGGACUGUCCCCAAGAGGGCGUCCCUCAGGAGCUCAGUUUAGUGAGGGGGGUGGACCCUGAGUGACUUGCCCUGGCAGAGGCUGAGGGGCAUCUGGUGGGGUGAUAGGUCUGGCAGCAGCUGAGGGCCUCUGAGGUAGCCUCAGGCUCCAUCUUUCUGUCUCUGUCACACACACACAGACACACAGACACACACACACACACACACACACACACACACACACACGCAAGGUCCAAGAGGCCUGGCUAAGCUCUGUCCCUGGUAACAUGUGUUCUCACUGGGCCCAGGCAUAAUCUUGCCCUCAGAUCCCACUCACCCUUGCUGGGCCUCAGUUUCCCUGUCUGCACACUGAGGUGUUGGGCUGUGAAUGGACUGUGAAUCAUCGCUUUGGGAUCCUCUAUUGUUUUGGGGUCAACUGUCAACUGUCUCUGUUCUCCCCUACCUCCCUUCAGGCAGAAAGACUGCAGUAGGGGGUGGGAGCAGGCUGUCUGCUGGGGACAGAGUUGCCCAGGGCUGCGCCCAGGUGCUGGUGACGGGGUUGGAAGCACAGCUCCUCAGAUCACGCCGAAAAUUCUAACCCAUAGACAUUGACUUCUCUGGUGCCCAUCUCCUUUCUUCAGUUCCCUUCUUGGGGGGAGAGGGGGCAUGUUCCUGGGGGGCAUGAGUCGUCUCUGCUUUGGAGAGCUGGAGCAGGGCCUCUUCACCAUCUAGGCUAGACCCUCCUGAGGCCCCCACCCACACAAGAGGGUCUGUUGGGUUCGUGCAAAGUGGAAUGGAAAUCAGGCUCCCUAGCCCAGUAGAGGUGAGGAGACACCUGCUGAAGGAUCUGCACGUUCUCUCCUCUGCUGUCAUCCUCUGAAAAUGUUGAUUGCAUUCUGGGUCGGGGAGAUAGUUUGGGGAGACAGUGCCAGGUGCUAUGCUGAAUGCUUUAUGGUGUGCUCUCGUUGAAUCCUCACAGUGGCUCUGAGAUGUGAUGACUGUUUUUCAGAGAAGGAAACAGAACCUCAGAGAAGCGAAGUGACUUGCCCAAGGUCACACAGAGUCAGGACAGUGCCAGGACUGGAAUGCAGGUCUCCUGUGCCUGAAGCCCUGUAAGAUGCUUGGAGAGGGCCACUCCCCUUCCUAAUAUCUGCUUAUGGCUUCUCUGGGCUUCCUUCUCUCAAACGCAGGCUGGCAACAUGGCCUCGGCAGGGUGUGCCACUGUGAGUUCUGAGUGUGGUGUGCACGUGUCUAGAACAUCAGGGGUGGCUGGGUUUUAUGGUCUUCCUGUUCCUCCUCCCUCCCCCUAACUCUCACCUCCUAGCCAGAGGUCACCAGAAAGUCCUGUCUCCUGCCUUCUAGAGCCUGUAACUGGUUUGGGGAGCGUCCGUGUGGCUCUGAAGAAUGUUGGGAGUCAGCAGCAUAGCCCAGGCUCCAAGAGUGGCAGGAGAAUUGAGAGUCCCACUUGACCUUCACCAUACCUGAGAGGCCCUGUGCCCCCGCUCAGAGUUGUUCUAGGGGCACUUUCCCCAGUCCACCCACACACUGCGGGGGUUGAGGGACAGGCUAGUAGUGACCUUGAGCUUGUGCCUACCCGCUCAGGGCCUCAGUGUCCCCAUUCUUCCCUGAGGCCCCUGCUAGCUCUGCCCACUGCUGCUGCUUUGCCGAGAGCUGGAGCUGGGGAUCUGGGUGUCCCUCUGUCCUCUCUGGAAUGACUAGAGUUGUGCUUCUUGGGGCUGAUCAGAAUAGCUGUCUUGGUCUCCUGGGGCUGAGCCUGAGUUAUUUCCAUCCCCAGCAAAGAGGUGGAAAUAGCUCAGGGCCCUGGAAGGGGAGGGAGAGGGGAAGGGUUAACCAAGGGUUAACCUCCUCUUCUGGUCCCAGCCCCACCCUGUGCCCUGCCCAAGCCAAACCUUUUUGGGAACUUGUGCUGCCUGGACCACAGGGAUGGUGGUGGGGCCCGGCUGGGUUUCCAGUGUGGCCCCAGUUGGGACUCAUGUGACAGUUGCUGGAGGCAGGUGCCCAUUUCUGGUCAAGGAGGGGAAGCUUUCAGCCCCCUUCCCCUGCUCAUAGGGUCAGCCUCAUUUUACAGAGGGAGAGACGAGGUUCUGAGAAGUGCUGGGACUUACCAAGGCCCCGCACAACCCUGAUAUUCUGGCUCUCACCCUCCAGACGGGGAACCUACCUUCUGUCCUGCCACACGUCCCCCAGAAGACUGGACGUGGCCCAGGACUGGAAGCAGGCCUGAGACAUGCCUUUGCAAAAUCAGGGCGUCUUAUGUUCCAGCUUGGGCCUUGCUGUCCUUGCCCAAACUCCUGUAUUGGCCUCUCUGCCUCCGUUUCCAGUUCUCUCACACACGGUGCCAGAGUGGCCUCCCUAAGGUAACUUGUACUGUUUGCCUGCAAAAUAUAGUCCAGACUCCUCAUCGUAGCAUCGAGGUUUUCCUUCCAGGAGGACCCUUUUGAACUUUACAUUUUCACCCUCUUCCUUCCCUACCAGAUGCCUUGGUUGUACUCUGCCUUUGCAUUUGCUGUCUCCCCUUUCUAGAACCCUCCUGACCAUUCAGGGUACAGCCCCAGCCCCGCUGCCUCCCCCAGGAAGCCCUCCCAGCCCAACAUUAGUCCUUCUUCAUUGUGUGGUCCAUGUGCCACAUGUCCCCCCUCACCUCUGGGAAUAGGCACAGGGGUGGGGUCCUCAUGGGCACCACAUGCCCAGUUGGGUGGGGCCGGCCUGGCCAACAGCCUCUCCUCUCCCGCUGCCAUAUCUGUGUUGGCCAGGCCUCUUCCUGAGGAAGGGCAGCCAUCGUAGGCUGAGGGCCUACUGUGUGUUAGGAUGCACAGGGAGGUUGGUACCCAGGGGUCUCCAGUGCUCCCGAGUGUGUGCUGGGGGUUAGCGGCGAAAACUCAAGGCCACUCCUGUGCGUAGGGGCCAGUUUGGUGCUUGCCCUGGACUCCUCAGGCAAGGCUCUCAUUCUGGGCCAGCAGAGGACGCUCCCCCCUGAGGCCCUAAUGUGUGUUAGGUCCUGGGUGCAGGGCUCCGUGCAGCAGCACUGGCAGGGCAUCCCUUUCCUUCCAAAGCUGCUCAGUGGGGAGCCCAGACUCAGAGGGCAGAAGGGUCCAGUCCUAGUCUGAGUCACACAGUCACUGGUGCUGGAGUCUGGCACUCAAGCUCGUGCCCAGCCCCCAGCCCCAUCUCCCACAGGCGCCAGGUGGGAGGCGAGGGUUGUCUGACAACUCUGGUGUCAGUUUUCAAAGAAGGACCAGGCUGGCUACCUGCAGGGGGAGGAGGAAGUAGUGGUAGGGCUGCUCAGGCCCACUCCCUCCGUUAUAGGGCCAGCCCUUCUGCCAGGUUAGGCAGGAGGGCUGGACCAGAGGGGGAGGCAUUUUGCCUGAGAUCAGCCAGCAGCCCCCCCCCACCCCCGCCAACCCCAACUCAGGAUUGGGACAUGACCUCUGGCAGACCUUAGCACCCAGUUGGGGUGGCAGGGAAGACUGAGGUGCCGAUGCUGCACCCCUGCUGUGUGUUCAGCCCUGGGUAGGACCAUGAGGCUCUCAUCCGCAGCCUCAUGCCCAGGUCAUCAGCAGCCCCGUCCAGGUACAGGCAUUGAGAAGAGGGCCCAGAGACGGGAAGGGACUUGCAGGACUCCAGCGUCACUGGGAUCCUAACCCAGGUAUGUUUGCCUGGAAGGCCAGAGCUUUUUCCGAGGCCACCCUGGGAAAGAUGAGUGCUCUAUAAAUAAACUGCCCAUGUGGCUGUGAGCGUGUGCCCUGGCUACUUGACACAGGAGAGGGAUGGAGGGGCCUCUGCAGCCAAUUAGAGGCAGGGUCUGACUGUGUGGUUGGAGGGAGAAGGAAGGAGGGCUUCCAGAAGGAGGGGCCUAACUUGGACCUGUACACCCUCACGGUAAGAAGGAGCAGUGAGCACAGGGAUGGAGCUGUGCCCCAACUCCUGCGUGCACUUGCUUGCCUCCCUCCCUGAAGGGGACCUCGAACAAUGAUGGCUGAAGGGGCCAGGAGAGGGGCGGGUCCACCCUGACAGGGAGGCUGGGAAGGCUUCCUGCAGGAGGUGGCACCUGGGCUGAGGCCUGAUUGUAAGAAGAGUCGCUGUUCCCUGAUGAACCAUGGAACCUCCAGCCAUGCCAAGAGGUCAGCUGGACAGGCACAGUUGUCCCAAAUCACAGAGGCGGAAACAAGUUCGGGGAUGUAGGGCUGGGUCCUGACUGCUCAGCACCCCUCGCCUUCCUGACUGUGGCUUCAGUUGGCGGGGGAGCAGGCGGACACAGGCCUGUGUAAGGGCUGGGAAAUGGGCACCCAGGGUCCACCUGGCGAGUCCAAGACUCAUCCACCCAUGCUGUUGGGACUGAUGUUGGGUUCCCCAAGCACUCUUGCCUGCUCCUGAGCCACUGGGUGACCUUCGCUGGGUGCUGCUUGGUUCUGAGCUUGGCUCCUCCUCUGGCCCUUGUGGGCUGUUGAGGACUGGUGCUCAGGAGAGGCCUGGUCAGGCCAGGCCCUGACCAGUAUUACUUACAGUGGGCUCCAUUUAUCCCUCAGCAUCCCUGGAGACAGGGACCAGAACCCCUGUUUGCAGGGGCGGACCCUGAAGCUCAGGGUGGGUAAGUAACUUGCCCAAGGUCACAGAGCUCCUAAGUGAUGACCUAGAGCUUGAACCCAGGUGUGACUGCUCCGGGUCCAGCCUUCCCCUCAGGCUGACCUCCAUCCUCAGGCUCUGUUUGUUAGGGCCUGACCUGGAAUUGCUGGGGUCAGGGGAAUCUCUCUCCCCCAGCACCUUGAGUCUGGAGGAGGAGUUGGAGGACGGGGCAGGCUGGGCCUGUGAUCUCCCCUCAGUCUCUCUCAAAGCCUCCCCAGGUCAGCCUGGUCGGGGCUGAGCAACUCUGGGCGCCCUGGCACAGUAGUGAUCGGUACAGAUUCGCGGCCGGGGCAGGAGGCAAAGGUGGCUUCUCGGAGGAGAAGGUAGCAGUGGCGACAGCUGGUGGGCAGUGGGGUGUCCUCCAGCCCUCCUAGUGCUUUGCCGUCCUGUCCUGGGCACUGGCGCGGCCUCCCUGCAGGAAGGCCCUGGUUCUGAGUGCUUGGGUGCUGGGCUGGAGCAGGGCGUGUGGGAGCAGCGGGAAUGCCAGGUCUGGGGUGGCAAGAGCAGGGGCUGCCAGCUGCCUGUCCCCACUCCACAUGGGAAACCUUGUCUCCUUUCAGACUAAGUGGUUACAGGGUACUACUCUGAGUCUCAGUUUCCUCAUUUGUGAAGCCUGGAACCCUGUCUUUGAGGCCUGGUAAGGGAAUGGGCAUGUAGUACGUUCUUAGUGAGGGGUGUGGGGGACCCCCAGCUCUGCCUCAGAGACGACUGUCUAGUUUGGGCCCCUGCCACACCUCCCAGCCCCAGGCUUAGGCCAGGGAGGGGGCAGGGAUUGCAUCUGCACCCAGACUGGGAGGGGCUGAGUGGGCCCUGUCUGGCUGCCUCAGCCCUUUUCUUAGCCUCAAGGGCCAAUUAGCCCCCUCGGCCCCACCUCACACCCCUGAGCCUUCUAAGCCCAGGCCUGGUGGGGGGCCAGGGAGCAGCUGCUGCUUGGUGUGCCUGGAGUCCUCACCCCAGGGUUGUGACCUGGGAGAUCUUGGCUGCCUGAGGCUGGGCUGGGGGUGGGAAUGGGGGAGCCCUUCUCACUGAGUGGCCCUGAGGCAGCCUCUGCACAUCUCUGGGCUCCCAGCCCCUCAUUAGUCCUAGGGAGCUGGGCUCUACCCUGGGAUCUUCCUCUUCCCCCUCCUUCCCUGGGCUUCCUGCUUCUCACAGGUCCCAGUGCCUUUUCCUACUGGAGCUGUGGUAGACUAGGGCACUAUGCAUGCAGGAAACCUCAGAGGCCCCAGAGACCCCCAUGGCGGCAGUACCUCCUUCCCUGGCGCCUGCCCGCGCGCUUUGUAAUAGUCUUUCAGGUGAGCCGCCUCCUGUGUGCCGCCAGCUCCCUAGUCUCUGCUGUCAGGUUGGCAAACGCUCAGAACAUCUGUUUUGCGCCAGGCCCUGGGCCAGGCUCCUGGGUAGGAGGGGCCAGAGUGAGGUGGGAAGCUGUCAGGUAGGCCUGGGCUCCACCCCUGCUUUACCUCCCCCUGGCUGGGUGACCUCAGUUACCCAGGGGUGAAGCAGGGACGCUCACCUCUCCUGUGAGGAGUGGAGGCAACCCAGGAUGAGGGCCUGGCCCGAGGCGAUGGGAGUCUGUUCCCUUCCCUGUGAGGGCAGAGGAUGAAAAGGAGGCAAUGCCUAGCUGUCCUCACUACCCCCCACUGUGGGCACUGCCCUACUUCAGCCCCAGUUGCCAAGGAACCACUGGCUUCCUUGCUAACCUGGAUUUCUCUAUUGAUGGGCGGCCUUUGUCUUCCUGCCUAGGGUGCAGCCACUGCCGAGAAAGGCCUGUGUCCAGCUGUGUUUCCAGGCAACCCUAGCCCCUGGAGGCGCAGGGAGGUCCCCAGGCCGUCAAGCCACUGGCUGGGAAACAGAAAUACCUGCCCCGCACCCCCUGCUCCAGGUGGCUACCUGCUUCCCACCUCCGUCUCCCCAGCCCUGCCUCACUUGGCAGGCAGCCCGGCAAGCCCUCUGAGACGCAAGUUGUUCCGCACCUCUCCCUCCCCUGCUAACCCUUCAAGGCCCAGGGGGAAAUGCAGCCUUCUCAGCUUGCAGCCUAAGCUUGGUGUGACCUGGGAUCUGCCCACCAACCUUUCCUCUCCCUUCCUACACCCUCCCAAUCCCCCAGAUUGUCAGUGUGUAUCUUCGGGCACCUCCCGUGUACCAGGCUCUGCGCCAAGCAUUGUACGUAAAUAUAGUAAAUAUAAGAGAAUCUCGUCUGUACCUCGUACCUCCCAUCGAGUAUGUGCCAUAACCCCCUCCACGAUUUACACGUGGGGAACCUGAGGCACGGUGAAUGCUUACGGAGGGCCUGCUCUGUGUCGGGCUCUGUGCUGAGCGUUUGAUGUGCGUUCUCUCGGCCUCACAACAGCCCUCUGAGGGAUGGGGAAUGGGGGUGGGGUCCACAGCCACCGAGCCAGUGAAGAGCAGAGCAAGGAAGGCUGGUUCUCCUCAAGUCAGGCAAGGGCUUCAGAUCCGGGUUCAGUCCCCCACCCUGAGCCCAGCCUCUAGGCUUCUUAAUCGUCAGCCUGCUCCCUGGCCCUUUUGACCUUGGGAGAAGGUGGACCCUCUCCUGAGUGCCUUUUCUGAUCCCCCUGGUUCAGCACAUACCUAUUCACGUGCUGGGCACCCGGUACGAGGGCAGCACGUCAGCGGGGAAGGGGUGGGUGCGUAGCCUGGUCACACCCAGGGCGAGGACUGCACAAGUGAGGUGGUGGUUGGGGGCCAGGAGGAAGUGACUUUGAGCUGAGCUCUGAAGGAAGGGUAGCUGUCAGUAGGGUGAUGGGAGGGGUUUCUGGGCAGAGGAAACAGCAGGUACCAGUGCCAGCCCCGUCCUGGAAGGAGGACUGCAGCUGCCUGCCUGCCUGCCUGUCCCAUCCCCGUCUGAGCCUCCCCUCCAUCUGCCUGAGGCUGGCGACCCACUGGGGCUUGAGGAUGAAGCUGAGCCCACCGCACUGGCCCCUAUCCUGCCUCCUUGUGCUGUUGCCCUGGCCUCUGGCCACUGCAACAUCAACAACCCCUUGGCCGUGCCCACCCGGCGAGGAGCCCAACCUGGAACCAGGGCGGGGCACAUUAUGCAGGUCCUGCCCCCCAGGCACCUUCUCAGCUUCCUGGGGCUCUAGCCCUUGCCAGCCGCACUCGCGCUGCAGCCCUCAAGGGAGGCUGGAGGCCCAGGUGGGCACGGCAACUCGAGACACACUAUGUGGAAACUGCCAGCCUGGGUGGUUUGCCCCGUCAGAGGUCCCCCAUGUUCCCUGUCGGCCGUGCUCCUGGACACCCCUGGGUACUCGCGGCUGUUACGAGCGGGGGCGACGGGCCCGACGUGGCAUGGAGGUGGCAGCAAGGGCGAGCGGCGCGGGGGAGACGCGGCAGCCUGGGAACAGCACGCGGGCGGGCAGCCCCGAGGAGACAGCUGCCCAGUACGCGGUUAUUGCCAUUGUGCCCAUCUUCUGCCUCAUGGGGCUGCUAGGCAUCCUGGUGUGUAACCUGCUCAAGCGGAAGGGCUACCACUGCACGGCCCACAAGGAGGUCGGGCCUGGUCCUGGAGGCGGAGGCAGCGGGGUCAACCCUGCCUACCAUACUGAUGACGCCAAUGAGGACACCAUUGGGGUCCUGGUGCGCCUGAUCACAGAGAAGAAAGAGAAUGCAGCGGCCCUGGAGGAGCUGCUGAAGGAGUAUCACAGCAAACAGCUGGUGCAGACCAGCCACAGGCCUCUACCCAGGCUGCCGCCGGGCCCACCCAGCAUGCCACACGUCUGCCCGCAUCGCCACCACCUCCACACUGUGCAGGGCCUGGCCUCCCUCUCUGGCCCCUGCUGCUCCCGUUGUAGCCAGAAGUGGCCCGAGGUGCUGCUGUCCCCCGAGGCUGCAGCUGCCACCACUCCUACUCCCAGACUCCUGCCCAACCCGGCCAGGGUGCCCAAGGUCGGGGCCAAGGCAGGACGCCAGGGCGAGAUCACCAUCUUGUCUGUGGGCAGGUUCCGUGUGGCCCGAAUUCCUGAGCAGCGGAUGAGUUCGGUGGCCUCAGAGGUGAAGACCAUCACGGAGGCCGGGCCCUCAGGGGGUGAUCUCCCUGACUCCCCACGACGUGGCCUCUCCAGUGAGCAGCGGACACUGCUGGGAAGUGGUGGAAGCCACCCUAAAUGGCUGAAGUCCCCAGCAGAGAACAAGGCCGAGGAGAACCGCUAUGUGGUCCGGCUGAGUGAGAGCAACCUGGUCAUCUGAGGGGCUGUCUCGUCUGAGGAUACUGCAGCCUUGCCCUGGGAGGCUCCGAAGGCUUCCUGGAGGAGGUAGAGCUGCAGCUGAGCCAGUGAGGAUCCAGACUGGCCCAGCAGACAGAACAGCCAAGGCCAAGGCCUGGAGGUGGGAGCGUCCACCCCAGUGAGGAGGCAGGCCAGCGUGCCGGCGGGUGCUGUGUGCAGGAGCAGGUUGAGAGCCCCUCCCAUCCCUGCCGCCCAUUUCCUUCCCUGCAGGAUGUCCCUGAUGCCGUGCCCUGCCCUGGCUGGAUCCUAGGAGCCCACAGGGUCCUCUGCACCACCAGGUGGCUAGGCCUCAGUGGUGGGGAGGGGCCCUCUACCUGGCACCCCUGGCCCCAUGCCUUAGUGAUGAGCCACCCCUUACCUCUGUACAGGGGACCUCCCCCUCCUUCCUGACAGGUCCUGCAAAGGGAGGGGUCAACAAAAAGCCAUGAGCUAGGAACCGGGUUCCUGGGUUCUAAUCCUGGGCAAGCCCCUGGCCAUUACUGGGUCCCAAUUCUUCUGACUGUGAAGCGGGGAGAGAGUGGCGUCUCGGUGCCCAGGGCCUUCCUGCAUCUUGCAGGCUCUGGGCUGGGUCGUGUAGAUGGAGAACUUGACCCCUUGCCAUCCCUCCCACUAGUUUUAUCUGGCCCCGUUUUUUGCUGCUUCAGGGCCACCACCUUCAAGGCUCCCAAGGGGCUGCCCAUUCAUGGCUCUGCCUACAGAAGGGGCAUAAUGCACGUGCCUGCCCCUGACCCUGCUGUUUUUAUUGAAAUUGAAAAAACAGACUUGACCUGGGCGGGGCUGUGGUACAGAGCCCCAACCUGCCCAGCCACCCACAAGAUCUCAGGCGCUUUGGAGGGUAAGGGGUGAGGCCUCUGGCCUCGGUGGUUUCUGUGUCCCUGUGGUAUUGGUGUGUCCGUCCCCUGGCCUGGGCAGUGCGGGCAACUGCCUAGCCCGCGUCUCCACUCUGGCUCAGCAACCUCGUUAUUUAUGUGGGGCUGUGCAGGCAUGGGCCCACUGCUGUCACCGUUUCUCUUAUUUAUUGAAACUUUGCUGUUGUCCCACCCUUGUGUCUCCACACCCAUCCAUUUGUUGAAUAAUAAAAGGUGGGAAAGUA